AUGAUGCCAGGUGGCAACGCCCCCAAACCUCCCCAUUCCGGCCCCUCCCACCACCGCAAAUCCCGAUGGGAUUCCUCCGCCGCCGCCGCAGCAGCUGCCGCGGCCGCGGCCGCCUCCAAAUCCAAACCGUCUCCUAACUCCGGCGCAGCUUCACAGCCGAAACCCCGGCCGGAGAACCCAUCUCCAAGGCCCGGAAAUCCCAAUUCCGCAGCCGGGCCGAGCUCGGUGUUCCCUUUCAACGAACCACCACCGCCCCCGUCUUAUGGAUUUCACAUGCUGGAUCGCCGGAGCAUCGUCCUCGCCGAUGGCUCCGUGCGCUCUUACUUCGCUUUGGCACCUGAUUAUGAGAAUUUCGCGCAUAUGUCGCGACCCGCAUUCCGGCCCGGAUUCAUUGGCCAGAGCGAAUUCGGGCUUGAUCGGCCGCCUUUUCCGAUGAGCCCUGAUUUCCGCGGUCCGGAUGGUAGGGCCCGCAAUCCUGAAUACCGGAAUGUGGGGCUUGAGAAUUCGUUGAAACGGAAAUUUGGGGAAGAUGAGAGGGGCGGGAGGGAUGAUGGGUUUGAUAGGCAGAGGCAACAGCUUUUGCAGUAUGGUAAGGUGAACGGGCCGGGCCCUAGUGUUGGGUACGAUUUGGGGAGAGGUGAAGAUGCGAGAGCUGCUAAGAACAUGAGAUAUAAUGAGGGAAGUUCGAGCAAGCUUAGGCAUAGCGAGGUCGAUCAGAAUGCAUUAAAGGUGGCAUUUUUGCAUUUCGUGAAGUUGGUUUUUGAGAAUGCCAAUCAGAAAAAGAGUUUUUUGAUGGAUGGUAAACAGGGGCCUCUGCCAUGUCUUGCUUGUGGCAGGUCUUCAAAAGAUUUUCCAGAUGUGCACAGUCUUAUCAUGCACGCAUACAACUCGGAAAGUGCUGGCUCACUUGUGGAUCAUCUGGCCUUUCACAAGGCUUUGUGCAUUCUGAUGGGCUGGAACUGUUUGAUGCCUCCUAAUAACUCGAAAGCCUAUCAGAAUCUUUCUGCUGAUGAUGCAGAAGCAAAUGUCGAUGAUCUGAUUGUGUGGCCACCUACUGUUUUAAUUCAUAAUACCAUCACGGGGAAAGGUAGAGAUGGACGCAUGGAAGGUUUAGGAAACAGAGCAAUGGAUAGUAUUCUUAGAGAUAUUGGAUUCACUAGUGGAAAGUCGAUGUCAUUGUAUGCAAGAGAAGGUCAUCUUGGCAUGCACGUUGUGAAGUUCGCAGGUGAGGAAUCGGGGCUCUCGGAGGCUCGGAGGCUUGCUGACUAUUUUGAGAGGCAGAAACAUGGGCGGAAGGACUGGGUCCGUCUGCAACCCUUAACACUUGCCAAGGAUGACGAGAAGAACCCAAACCUCGUGAAAUUGGAUCCCAAAACCGGAGAGAAAAAGAGGGUGUUUUACGCCCAUCUAGCCACUGUUGCCGAUCUAGACAAGAUCACUUUUGAGCUCAAGAAGAAGGUCUCGAUUGUGAGCGCCCGGGAAUUCGCACAACGCACGUGAUCCUUGCCUCGUUCGUGUAAAGAAGGAACCAAGAAUUGCUUCUGAUCUGAUAACUUUGAGGGCUCUCUGCCGUAUCCGAGUAAGUUUUUCGUGUCGAUUGAUCCUUUCUUUCUUGAUUAGUACAAUUUGUGCGACAGAAUUUGAGGUUAAUUCCAGUCUUGAGAAGGCUCUUUCUAUGCACAUAAUAUCUAUUUAGAGCUAAGACAAGAACACUAGCUUGUAAUAAUGUGAUUCAUAACUUGUCUUGGACAAAGAUUGAUGUGGGAUAGUUGUUCCAAAUUUGAACUUAACUUUUGUUUCUAUUUUGUAGAAACAAUUGUUUUCCAUCC